AUGGUAGUGCUGCCGGAAGCUGGUCCGCACUGUCGUACGCCCAGCUGGGCAACGUUUGCGCUGCCAGGAGCAGCCGUGGCUAGCUAUUGUGGUCGUAAAGUCGAAUGGCCCUCUUGUAAAAGUCAUGUGAAAGGGGCAGUUCUACCUCCUGAUGAGAAGCAAACCAGGGAGACUGUGCUAUCCUCACUGCCUUCCCACUCGCAGAUACCUCUUUUUGCCAGCCCUGGGUGGAGCAGUGGGAAAGGAAUAGGGGAUACCAGAAAUGCUGCUUUGGAUGGUGAGGUGGCCUCAGUCUGUGCUAAGGCAGCAAGUAUGGGAGUGGAGCAAGUGUCCCCAAGAGUCCAGGAGCGCCCCCCCAGACGGGUGUGCUGGAGGGCUCGGGCACGGGGACGAGAGAGAAUUCCUGCCUUCUGGCUGGGAGCAGGGAGGCGGUGUGGCGGGGCAGGGGGCAACGUGCCAGUUUUCUCUCUGAUUAAUGAUGCUCACGCUGCUGCGCGUGGCUCAUGCGCUUUGUCUCCAGCCUUAGGGCUGGCGGAGAACAGCCCAGGGAACGAGUGGUACCGCGGUCGCCCGGCGCACCCAGCAGGUGCCAUCCCUCUGGAUGGGCCAGUUCUGGAUGCUCCCCAAGGGACAGAGGCCGCGACACCGCCAGGCGCCCGGCUGCGGCCACCUCCCGGGUGUGGCGGGUCUGGGGCCCGGGGUCUCCGGCCGGAGCAGCUGCAGAGCCACGUGCAACACGCGCGUUGCUCUCAGCCCGGGCUGGGACCGGACGCAUCCGGGGCUGCUGGGAGGAGCCGGGCGCCGCCCCCGGCGGCAGUGCCAGCCGCGUGGGAGGGCACGGACCGGCGGAGGGGCAGACGACGGAGGCGGCCAAACAGGAGGAGCGGGACCGAGGGAUCGGCCGAGGCUGGCUGGCUAGGGGUGGGACUGGCAGCGCCACGGACAGGUGGGAGCAGCCAGACAGCCCGAGAGAGGGAGCCCAGAACGCAGCGAGAGCGAGAGCGUGAAGUAGGCAGGGAGAGGCGCCCGGAGAGACAGACAGCCGCACGCGCGCGCCUCCUCCCUCCACGCGCCCUCCUCGCACCGUGCGCGGCGGCCAGGAGCGCAGAGUGGGAGAGGACCGUGGGCACAGGAGGCCGGAAGAGGGACGCUGCGUUGCUGGCGGGACGGAGGGAUUCGGACGGACGGACGGACCAGCGCACAGACUGGCAGCCUGCGAGAGGGGCAGCUUCGAGAGCAGAGCGCAGGCUAGCGGGAAUCCCGCGCGGAGCUGCUGGUCGGACCGACAGACGGUCGGACUGACAGACGCGCAGACGGACAGAAGGGCAGACGGGAGGCGGGGGCGCGUUCACUCCCCGCGGCCGGCCAGGCGGAGCAGGCGGCGGUGGUACCUUCUGAGCGCGCCCGGAGCGGAGACCGGCGGCAGCAGGUGCAGCGGGGACGCCAGCCGCGACCGAGCCCGCCGCCGCAGCCCUGGCUGCCACAGCUGUGCGGAACUCCAGCCGACACUGCAGAAAGCUCCGUUUACUAGCAGUUAAAUAAAUCAACCAAAAUCCAAACAAACAAACAAACCCAACAACAACAAAGCCAAGCCAAAAG